AUUCUGCGCUAGAGAUGCUCUUAGAGUUUAAAAAAUUCUUCCUUCUAUAUUUCUUUCCAACUAUCCCUCAUUAGUUCUGACGAGUACAACCUUUUAUUUCUCUCAUGGAAAAUCAAAUUUCUUUUUCCCUUUUCCCUUCCAUCAAAGGUUCUUUUUUUUGUCCAAAAAUACUCUCUGGUUUGAUCACAACGGUUCUUGUAAGUCGUGAUAUGAACUUCCUUUUUUGUUUUAACUGUGUUGUUGGUCCUUUAAAAUUGCAUCAGUAGGAGUAAUUAGGAUGGGUUAGCAAUGUUAAUGUUGAAAUGGUGACUUUAAUGUUUAUGUGCUUUUGAGACCCAUGUGUGUCCACGCGCGCAUGCUAUAGUGCGUUUUUAAAGAGGAUAGAAAAUGUUAUCACUGCUUUUUUAGUAAGAGAGAACUAUAGAAAGAAAGACGAAAUGGUGAGGUGUACGUAUGCGAUGGAUCUAUGUGAGAAUGAAUGUGUGUAUUGUGUCUAAGAAUGGUUUGCAAUGUCAACCCAAAUGAAAAAUAUAGUGUCUUCAUUGAUUUAACACUUUUCAAAAUUAGAUGGUGUUGUUCACUAAUCUAAUAAAAAUGAAAAAGAGAGUAUCGUCAAUGUGGAUACUCAAAUGCACCUAGAAGUGACUGUCCUCUCCCAUUGAGAACUCCUUCACGAUAUUAGGAAUAGACUUGUCGGGAGUGUUUGUUCACUCAAAACCUUGUAGAUGGUUGUCACAUUGCUUUAGCUUAAAGAUGCAUAGUAAGUUGAAACCACAAGAAGAAAGAAAUAAUUGAACAACAGCGCAAUGAACGGAAAACAAGGAUGGUUUGGCAUCAUAUUUUGUUUUUCUAGAUUUUUAAGGUUUUGGUUAAUUUUAAAGGUGUGGCAGCAUUGUUGGUUUGGAGGUGAAGGGGAUUAGUGAAUUGGGUUUUAUGAUUGGUAAAGAUAAAGAUAAAACAGCAAAGAGAAAAAAGGGUGUUAAAAUUUCCAAGGCUUCCAGAAAUUAAUGUUCUGGAGUGUUAAAAUCUCAAAAUUAAUUUCCAAAAUGAGGAUAUAUAUUUUUUAUAAAAAAAUAUGAAAACAAAAAAAAAGAUGUAUAAGUAAAAAAGACAGAUGUAAAUAACAAUUGCUUAGAUUAAUAUAGGCCAUUACUUCUAUGUAAUUUUUAAAUAAUAUAAUAUCUUUACACUUAUGUUAUAGAGCAAAUUGUGAUCAUUAAUCCUUUUAGGCAUUCUUAAUUUGCUCCUUAUACGCAUGUAACACAUUUUUAAUUUAGUCUAUGUAAUAAAAUAAAGUAUGUGUUAUGCAUAUAUGCAUAAGGAUCAAAUUAAAAAUAUGUACAUGAGUAAACAAUCAAUGCAUGACGACAAAGAUCAAACUAGUAAUAUUUGUAUAUAUAUAAGAACCAAUUUAACAAAUUUUAGGACCAAAUUGAGAAUAUGACACAUAUAGGACUAAAUUUAAUUUUUAUUUAUUUAUCUUUUAAUUCAACACACAGUACUACAAGGUAUUGGUUGUUUCACAUUAUGUUCUUUUAUUUGAAGGAAUAUGAAGAUAAGAAUAUAUAAUACCUAUUGUUUGCUAGAAGGUUAUGAGAAUUUAUUCUUAGAUAUGUUGUAUGUUAAUGUUAUAUCUUCAUGUUUCAAACAAGCUCUACUCAUGAAUAAGGAUGAGUAUAUAAUAUUCUCAUGAAAAUACAAGUUAUUUUCUACAAUAGCUACCUAUUUUUACUAUAUUCUACUAUAUUUUUUUUUUUACUUUUUUUAAUUUUUUAAUUAAAUAAAUUUUAAUUUUUCUGCAAUUAUUAAAUACCAACAAAACAUGUCUAUGUGAAUAAUAUUCCUAAACAAAAUAAUAUCUUCAAGAAUGUGAUUUUUCAAGUAUGCAAGAUUAUAUAGUAAAACAAAAUAAAUUUUACAAAAAGUGAAAGAUUUCUUAGAUAAUACAAAAGUAAAUUUGAAUCAUUAGAUGAGAUGGUUUUGAAAUAGUUAAUAUUUUUGUCAUUAGAUGGUUCGGAUGUACUUUCGUACCGUGCAAAAAAGUUAGAACUUGUCGCGAAACAAACGCCCCCUUGAGUAUUCCAAAUUCACCAACAAUCAAAUGCAAUGUAGUGAAACUUGCUCACGCCCCACUCCCCAUUGUCCAGUGUCAUGGUGGAGAUUCCCAAAUGCCUCUCACCCCACCAUCUUCUCAAGCUCCUCAAAGCCGAAAAAUCAGCCCCCUCCAUCACGUGGCCGCCAAUCCCGCCCUCCUUCUCUCCCACGCGCCGCGCAUCGUCGCCGCCAUUCGCUACCCCUUCCCAGAGGACAUGCCCCUCACUCUCCUCAAAGCCUACGCCAAAACCCGCAUGCCUGACGAAGCCUUGCAUGUGUUCCAAACCAUGCCUCAUGUGUUUGGGUGCUCCCCAACCAUUUGCUCCUUUAACACCCUCCUCAACGCGUUCGUGGAGUCACACCAGUGGGCACGUGCGGAGAACUUCUUCAAGUACUUCGAAGCCGCAUCUGUGACGCCGAAUGUUGAAACCUAUAAUGUUCUGCUGAAGGUUCUGUGUAAGAAGGGUGAGUUCGAGAAGGGUCGGGGGUUGCUGACGUGGAUGUGGGGUGCGGGGAUGAGCCCUGAUAAGAUCACCUACAGGACUUUGAUUGGGGGUGUGGCGAAGAGUGGGGAUUUGGGGUUUGCGCUUGAGGUGUUCGAUGAAAUGCGUGAACGAGGGGUAGAGCUUGAUGUGGUGUGUUACAACAUGAUCAUUGAUGGGUUUUUCAAAAGGGGGUAUUUUGUGAAGGCGGGUGAGAUGUGGGAGAGGUUGUUGAGAGAGGAAUCGGUGUUUCCCAGUGUUGUGAGUUAUAAUGUUAUGAUUAGUGGGUUGUGUAGGUGUGGGAGGUUUAGUUAGGGUUUGGAGAUUUGGGAGAGGAUGAAGAGGAACGAGAGGAAGUGUGAUUUGUUUACAUAUAGCGCUUUGAUUCACGGGUUGAGUGAGGUGGGGAAUUUGGGUGAAGCAAGGAGGGUUUAUGAGGAGAUGGUUGGGAGAGGGGUUAGGCCUGAUGCUUAAUGGGUUGUGGAAGAAGAUGGGGAAGUGCGGUUUGCGGAAUGUGAGAAGUUAUAACAUAUUUCUCUAGGGGUUGUUUGAGAAUGGGAAGGUGGACAAGGCAAUGGUGUUGUGGGAUGGUUUGACGGAGGCGGAUUCUGCUACUUAUGGUGUGGUGAUUCAUGGUUUGUGUAGGAAUGGGUAUGUGAAUAGGGCUUUACAGGUGUUGGAAGAGGCUGAACAUAGGGGAGGUGGUGUGGAUGAGUUUGCUUACUUGUCACUGAUAAAUGCAUUGUGCAAGGAAGGGAGAUUAGAUGAGGCAGGUGGAGUUGUAAAACUUAGAAUAAGCGUUGCUGUAAAUUUAAUUCUCAUGUUUGUAAUGUGGUGAUUGAUGAGUUUGUUAAACAUUUCAAACUUGACAGUGCUGUUAAAGUUUUUAGGGAAAUGA